UAUAUUCAUUAUUAAUCAUAUUACAACUAUUUUGAAUAUAGGCCUAUAUAAAGUUCAUUUGCAAAAAGCAUAAAUGAUUGUUUUUUUUUUUGUUUGUUUGUUUAUUUGUUGUUGUUUUUGUUUAGUUUUUUUUGCAAUUGUAGGCCUACUCUUCAAUACGUAAAAUGUUUUAGAUGUAAAACCCUUAUUUUUGCAACUUAAGAGACUUUAAAGUAGAAAUUCUAUUAGUCUACACUAGGCUUACAUGAGUUACCUUAUUAUACAUUAGUUAGCCUACUUUACAUUUUAUAAUUUCAUUAUUAAUCAUAUUACAACUAUUUUGAAUAUAGGCCUAUAUAAAGAGUUCAUUUGCAAAAAGCAUAAAUGAUUGUUUUUUUGUUUGUUUGUUUAUUUGUUGUUGUUGUUGUUGUUGUUGUUUUUUUGCAAUUGUUGGCCUACUCUUCAAUACACAAAAUGUAUUAGAUGUAAAACCCUUAUUAUUGCAACUUAAGAGACUUUAAAGUAGAAAUUCUAUUAGUCUACACUAGGCUUACAUGAGUUACCUUAUUAUACAUUAGUUAGCCUACUUUACAUUUUAUAAUUUCAUUAUUAAUCAUAUUACAACUAUUUUGAAUAUAGGCCUAUAUAAAGAGUUCAUUUGCAAAAAGCAUAAAUGAUUGUUUUUUUUGUUUGUUUGUUUAUUUGUUGUUGUUGUUGUUGUUGUUGUUUUUUUGCAAUUGUUGGCCUACUCUUCAAUACACAAAAUGUAUUAGAUGUAAAACCCUUAUUAUUGCAACUUAAGAGACUUUAAAGUAGAAAUUCUAUUAGUCUACACUAGGCUUACAUGAGUUACCUUAUUAUACAUUAGUUAGCCUACUUUACAUUUUAUAAUUUCAUUAUUAAUCAUAUUACAGCUAUUUUGAAUAUAGGCCUAUAUAAAGAGUUCAUUUGCAAAAAGUAUAAAUGAUUGUUUUUUUUUUGUUUGUUUGUUUAUUUGUUGUUGUUGUUUUUUUUUUUUUUUUUUUUUUGCAAUUGUUGGCCUACUCUUUAAUACACAAAAUGUAUUAGAUGUAAAACCCUUAUUAUUGCAACUUAAGAGACUUUAAAGUAAAAAUUCUAUUAGGCUUCACUAGGCUUACAUGAGUUACCUUAUACAUUAGUUAGCCUAAUUUACAUUUCUUUUAUAAUUUCAUUAUUAUGCGCAUCCUUACACUUUCAUUUUUGUUCAUAUAGUUUCCUAUAUUAUGUCUGUGCAAGCAAAUUUUGUGUCAUACAGUACGUAAAGUUAUUUGUUUUUAACGAGAUAAAUGUAAGUUUCUCCUUUUAAGUGAACUGUGUCUUUAAGAAUUCUGUAUUGUAAGUAUCAGGCGCGCUUCAAUAAACCAGAGUUGCGGAACAAAUUUGUGGGCGUGUCUUGUAUUAUUAUUGCCGUCCAGUUGAGAGUAACUGAGGUAAAACUCUGUAGUGUGGAGCAGCUGAACUCACAAACACUGUCAAACAGACCCGCGGUUUUCUGCGUUAUGGACGAAAAAGACGAAGAUAUAGACACUCUUGACCCCAGUCUUCCCGAGGAGGGUCCGACUGCUCCACCUCCUGGAUGGCUAGACACGGUUUCAGGCUAUGAGGAAAACACAGGCGGAGACUGUCCUCCUCCACCAGACUUUGUACCUAAACCCGAAAAUGACAAGAAUGCCUCAGUUCCAAAUGUCAUGGUGCCCAGUGUCUCAGAGGAUACUGCGAGAGAUGCUCUUCUCCAGUUCGUUGGUAAAAAAUGGACGUACAGCAGCAAGCCUGCCAAAAAUCUGAUCUUCAAAGAGCUGAAGCCUUUUACUGUUUACCGUUACCGAUUGGAAACAUUUACCGAGUCCAGAUCGAGUGCGUGGGAAUCAGAGCCACACACAGGUCAGUAUGUGGACGGGCCUCAGAAUGGAGUGAGUCCAUUACCAUGGCACAUCCAGGUCUCUUACCCACCCAAAUUCACUGACUCCAUUCAGAAAGUCAGAGUCCCACACUCUUCAUUCAUAAAGCCCUGCUACUGUUGUCAUGGUAAUGGCAAAGUGAGAUGUACACACUGCCGCGGACGAGGAAUGACCCGCUGUAUGUUUUGUCACGGAUCUGGUCACGGUCGCAACCGAAGGUGCACAAACUGCCACGGGCGGGGUAGAAAAAGGUGUUUGUCUUGUCAUGGAAAGGGUUGCAAAGACUGCCUCACGUGUAAUGGACAAAGAAAGCUUAUGCAUUUCAUACAGCUCACUGUUACCUGGAAGAAUCAGGUGUUUGAGUUUAUACCUGACCGAGUGCCUGAAUUUCCACUGAAGAAGUUUGAGAAGGUUUCUGGAGAAGCUUUCUUUGUUGACGAAAACCUCCUGGUUUAUCCGAUACAGGGAUUUCCUGACCAUGACAUUUGUGAUGCCUCAAAAGGAGCAAUUCAGAAUCACCUGCUGAAAUAUUCUGCCGUGAGCCGCAUCCAUGCAGCAGCGACAAAUCAUUGAGCUGGUUCCUCUCACCCAUGUGUACUACGCUUACAGUGGAAAAGACUACGAUUACUUUGUUUUCGGCCGAGAAAACAAGGUUCACACUACCAAAUACCCUUCUUCCUGCAGCAUUUUAUAGUAGCUGUAUUUGUUUUGUGUAUUAAUCAAAAUUAUUUUGCAUUUAUUCAUACAAUUUGUUUUUUAAAAUUUGUAAAUUACACAAUAUACACAGUUUAUAUUGUAAUAUAUUGUGUUACUUGUUAAAUAUCUAAAUGCUUAGUGGCCUUAUUUUAAUUCUCUCAUAUGAGUGUGUUGUAACUGAAUUCUUUAUUAUCAUAAUUUAAUGCGAUAAUGAAAAUGUAUAUUUAUUAAUGAAGAAACAUGCACAGUUCAUUCUUAUAUUUAUACUGCUGAACCACGCUACUUGGGGUUACAUUAGGACUCAAAACAGAGUAUUGAAGAAUAUUUUUAAGUAUAGCAAAAAAAUAAAUAAAAGUCCUGAUUAAUGAAUUGAGAAAAAAGUACUUUUUUAUUAUGAUAUCAAUGCUGGUAUUGUUUAUC